UUUUUUUGCCUCAUCCCAUGCACGGAGGCAAACAGCUGAGAAGAUUUGGGAUUGUUUUGUAUUGUUGUUCGGUUUUUUUCAAGCUCUGCAAUAAUCAGAAAUUGUGAUUGUUUUUUCGUAUUCUUGUUCGGUUUUUUCAAGCUCUGCAAUCAGAAAUGGCGCUUAAAGCUUUGCAUGUUUCAGAUGUGCCUGUGACAGAGCCCGGUGGAAUAAGCUAUAAUACUGAUAGCACCGUCACAUUGAUUAACCAGUUGCUGGAUGGUCCUGGAAAGCAGAUUGAUGGAAGCGUAUGGAAACCUUCUUCUGAAUUUGUGGUGGUAGGGCACCGUGGCAGUGGUAUGAAUAAAGUGCUGUCAUCUGAUAAACGAAUGCAGGCGAUUAUGGAAAACACUAUAACGUCAUUCAAUGAAGCCGCUAGAAACGGUGUUAGAUUUGUCGAGUUCGAUGUACAGGUUACAAGAGAUGACCGGGCAGUUAUCUUUCACGAUGAUCUCAUUGUUACAAAAGAAAAUGAAAUCAUUGUUGAAAAACAUAUUAAUGAGCUGACUCUAGAAGAAUUUUUGUCCUACGGUCUGCAAACAAACGGCCACACGGCUGAAAAGCCGUUGCUCAGAAAAACCCCCGACGGCAGGUUUCUCGAGUGGAAGGUGUUGGUGGACGAUUCUCUUUGCACUCUCAAGGAGGCCUUCGACAAAGUAGAUCGAUCCCUCGGAUUUAACAUUGAAUUGAAGUUUAAUGAUGAAAUUGAUUAUUCUGAAGAUCAACUGCGACACGAUUUAGAAGUUAUUAUCGAGGAUGUGCGCGAAAAUGCCAGAGGAAGACAAGUAUUUUUCUCCAGUUUUCAUCCGGAUGCGGCAUUAUUAACCCGCAAGAUGCAAAAUAUGUAUCCUGUUUUAUUUCUAACAGACGGAGGGGUAGAAACUUACAAAGAUUUUCGAAGGAAUUCGCUUGAAGCCGCUGUGCAAGUUUGCAUUCUAGGUGGGCUACAAGGAAUUGUCUCAGAAGUAAAAGCUGUUCUUCAAAAUCCUGGAGCAGUUUCAAAGAUUAAGGAGUCAAAUCUUUGCCUGCUGACAUACGGCCAGCUAAACAACGUGGAAGAGACCGUAUACCUUGAACAUCUCAUUGGCAUCGACGGAGUAAUCGUGGAUUUUGUCCCGGAAAUUGUACAGUCAGUCGCUGAUUUUACCGGCGGCAGCAGUGAUUUAAAUGGUCCUGCCGAUCUGCAGGAUGAUGGCCCACAAAUUACAUCGACGGAUUCCCUUAGACCACCAUCGUAUUCACCUCCAAAGUUUUCUGCCCAUGAAUUGUCUUUUAUACUAAAGCUAAUACCGCAGUUGAUUAGAAAUUGACAGCACAAUACAGUAUACUGUAUAUAGUUUGAUUAUAUUUCUGCCAAAAUGUCUGACACUUUUUUUGUAAGGGUGUCCUGUGACUUAGCUCGUCUUUGAUACAUGCUAGCUCAUAUUUUUGCGAGAUCAUAGCAAUGUUAAAAAACCCGAUUUCUAAAAUAUCACCACUUUUUUCAAAAAUAAUGGAAGUAUAAUCAUUUCCAAUGUAAAUAACUUUUUUUUGGGGGGGGGGGGGUGUGGGGGUUAUUAUUAUUAUUUUUAUCUGUAAUUAGGCUAGUUUAAUUUUGUUGAUCAAUCAUCUUCUAUGCUGGCCUGCACAGCUUGAGUUGGCCUAGUGGUGGAGAACUUGUGCUCUUGUAAGAGAGGUCACAAGUUCCAAAUCCCACAAGGGGUUAGGGUAUGUACGCCUCGUUUGUAGCUAUAAGCUAGAGCUAUGCAUCAAAUAGCUCGUCUAAUUUAAAAGUGUCUUUAUAAUUUUUCUAUUAUCUUCAAUAUGUAUCAUUAUCGUUAA